CCAAGUUGGUGCGGUCAUUGACUCUGCCAUAGGAAAACAAAUGUCAAAAAGAAUGCCUACAAUCUGCUUCUUGAGGACUCUCACUGCCUUUCCACAAAUCCUUUCAGACAGAAUCAUGUCCAUAGAGGAGUUUGGAAUCUGAUCUGGAAAGUAAAAGUCCCCCUGAGAAUCUACAACUUUAUGUGGAAGCUUAUGCAUGAUGGCCUCCCCACUCUCCCAAGUCUAAAAAAUAGAGGAAUACCAACCCAAAGCACCUGCCCCCUGUGUAAUGAUGAAGAUGAGGCCACAACUCACCUAUUUCUGUCUUGCCAUUUUGCUAGAGCUUGCUGGCAUGGAUCUCUGUUAGCUGUUCAUACCUGAUCUAGCCAAUGUCUCGGUGCAGCAAUGGGUUGGGAAUUUAUUAGACAGACACAAAAAACUGGAGGCUGAGUCAAUGAUUUAUCUUCAAGCCAUUUUCACUACAUUUUGGACAAUCUGGAACCACAGAAACACUGUGGUUCAUGAAGGAAAACAACCUAACCCCAUGGAAGUAAUUCUAAAAGCUCAAAACCUUUCUUGCAGGUACCAGGAAACUCCUACAAAAAAUGCAUACAUCAACAGGAAUGCUAAGAAGACAAUCUCAGGCACUCGGUCACUAGCAGGGCCUUGGCACCUAAUGAUCAAAAUUGCUGGAGUCAGGAGGAAGAGAGCAAGGAGGAGUGCGUAUGCUUAUGAGGCCAAGAAUAUGCAGGGGGAGACUAUGUUUUGUGGUGUAGCUAGUAGUGCAGUAGACUCAGCUUAUGGGGCAUCUCAAGAAGCUCUGGUGGAGGCAUCUAUAAAAGCUAGGAACGCUGGCUUUCAUCAAGUACUGAUCCUAAGCAAUAGCAGAAGAUUGGUCCAAACUGUCAACAAAGAAAGGAACCCAAACUGGCAGGAGAGGACGAUGAUGGUUGAUCUAUCUUCCCUUCAUCAAAAUGGCUUCGUUUUGAAGAUGCUUUUUGUUCCCAAAGUUGUUAUAAACUGUGUCUGUUAUGUAGCUAAUAUAGCAACUCAAUGCCAUUUCACCAAUGCCGGUCUAGACCAGCUAUUUGUAACAAACUCCCUGUUUUCUCCCUUUGAAUGGUAUUAA